GCUUUGAUGUCACGUGAGUUUACAUCUGUCAACAUGAGUGGCCACUGGGCUGUGUAGGGAAGCUGCAGGAUGCAACCGAGUCAUGUCCUGCAAUUUAUUUUUUCCCCACAUAUUUUGUGCACCUUCUGGGAGCCAACCGAACAAGCACUCUUGUCGAUUUUUUUGCGCGUAAACAAGUGCUAUCGACGUCUUCAACAAGAAACGGGGUUUGUUUAUGAUAGCUUAGCCGGUUCUGAAUAGUUAGCCUUGCAGCUAAGUAGUGACGCUAGUAAAGAUGCAUCACUCUGACUCUUGUGCGAUUUUGGUCGCUUAGUUCUUCUCUCUUAUUUAAUGAGCUUAUUAUUGAAGUAAAAAACAUGACUACUACAUCUAAAUCACUUAGGUUAGGCUCAGUGACUCGGUUGAGUUGCUGAAUCAAUGUCCGCCGAACAUUUUUAAGUUGCUCUAGAUGUUACAGAACGACGUUAAUUUAAAAGUUCCCGGUUGCUCUUUGAGUUUAGAAGUAUUUCAGUCAUGUCUGAAUCCGGAGAAUAAGCAUGAGAGGUCUCCAGCUCUUCCACAAGAUUGGGCCGCUUACUCUAUCGAUUAGCUGACCAACAUCUGCCGUAGCCGGGGAGGACUGAGUAGUCCACGGCCUGUGAGGCAGGAGAAACAUUCCCAAGUGUCUCCCCUCAUUAUUUGGUCCAUAGUUUUUAAACGAUGGCUGAUAGUGGACUGCACACACUGUCCGAGCGGAGUGACGGGGCAGGACUGUCUGCAGUGUCCCUCAGCAACACGUCCUCGGGCCCGACCUCUGCAACUGAUAGCAGGGGUUGUGAGAAUGGCGCACUGAUGGACUCGUUUGGGAUCUUCCUUCAAGGACUCCUUGCAGUAAUGGCUUUCAGCAUUCUCAUGUUGAAACGCCUUCGGGAGCCCAAACAUGAGAGGAGACCCUGGAAAAUCUGGUUCCUGGAUACUUCCAAACAGGCUAUUGGGAUGCUCUUCAUCCACUUUGCUAAUGUUUACCUUUCAGACCUUACUGAGGAGGAUCCCUGCUCGCUAUACCUCAUUAACUUUCUAUUGGAUGCCACUCUUGGCAUGUUGUUCAUCUACGCUGGCGUACGAGCCAUCAGUGCAGUUGUGGAGUGGAGGCAAUGGGACUCUCUCCGCUUUGGUGAAUACGGCGAGCCUAUCCAAUGCACAGCAUGGUUGGGUCAGUGUAUUCUCUACAUUCUCAUCAUGAUGUUUGAGAAAGUCCUGAUAAUGCUGGUCCUCCUCAUCCCCAUAUGGAAGAAGCUGGCACUCCACAACCCUAUAGAAAAUCCAAAUUUGGAACUGGCUAUCGUCAUGCUUAUCGUUCCAUUCUUCGUUAAUGCACUUAUGUUUUGGGUGGUUGACAAUUUUCUCAUGAAGAAGCAUAGGACCAAAGCGAAGUUGGAGGAGAGGGAAGAGGACUCACGAGGGAACGGCAAGGUGCGCUACAGAAGAGCUCUGUCCCAUGAUGAUUCAGAGUCAGAGAUUCUCUUCUCAGCAGAUGAUGAAAUGGACGAGUCGGAUGAGGACGAUGUUCGGCGGCUUACAGGUCUCAAGACGGUUAAGAAGAAAAAGCUGCGCAUGGGGAUCCCCGUUUGACCCAGCACCUCGAUCAAAAGUGCUGCCAGUUACGUGCAUUCCCCACACUUUUUCCACAGACUCGGUCCUUUUUAUAAUAGGAACCCCUUUAAUACCCUAAAUGACUCCAGCAGGUGAAACACUUAGGUUUGUUUGUCAUGUUUUUUAUUUUACAUGACAAAUCUGAGUGAGUGUGGUGUGAAUAUAAUACUUGUAAGUAAUACAUUACAUGCAUUGCAAUGUAUCACCAUGCAAAUGCUAUCUUAUUUGUUGUUGUGUAUUCUUGAUAUGGAUUCCAUUCGUGUUCACGUUUCAAUGUACCACCCUGGUCAACGUGAGUCACUCACUCCUCAAGCUUGAAGGAGUUUUCAGCACAAUUCUACCCUGGACGUCUGUUAAUGAUGCUCAUCUUAGAGAUAGCGCAUAGCAGUACAGUGUGCAACACAAUUAACUUUAAAAACAUAAAUAAACAGCAAGUGCAGUUAGUGCAGAAGUCCUAAAAGACUGCAUUUCCGCAUUUAAUUUUUUUGUCCCCAUCUAAUUUUGUUGUGUUGAAAUGUCUGCUCUCCUGUAUCAUUUUUCAUACAGGUUUUAUUUGUGGGCCAAAAGAUCAUCAAUGCUUUGCUCCAGAAGUGUUCUUUAUCCCAUCAUUUUCUUGCACAAUUGAUGACAUUUUUUUGACAUUUAUUUGGCAUGACCAUGUGCCCGAGAAACAUUACCAGCAGAUGUUUUGAUUGUUUGUUAGUUUGAUGUGAUUUUGUUUGGGUUAACCAGACCACCUAGAUGUUCUUGCAUGAUGGGGCAUUCUGGAGGCUCUGAUUCCAAGAAUGUGACAUUCAUAGACCUCAAUACUGUUGAAGUGACUGUGGACCAAACAGUUGGGAGAAAGGGCACUUGUAUCAAAUAUAUGCUUGUGUGUAUGCGGUUCGUGUGAAAGAUGCAGCCCUUGAGAAGUACGUAAAUGAGCGAUAUAUUAACUGUGGCUGUGAGUGUCGUAGUAGAGGAUUUCAUGGUAACCCGAAUAAGAUAAUUUAUUUGAAAGGAGUGAAGGCUUUGGUGUUUAUUGCAACUUUGACAAGGACCUUGACAUUAUGUUGUGUUACAAAAUAAUUCACAAGUGAGGGAAAGGUACUAAAAUAUAAAAGAUUUUCCAAUAAAGAAUGUGAUCGACUGUGUGGUUCAAUUUUGGUUAUAUUUGCCCUAACUCAUAUUGGCUUAUUAUCGGAGCGGUGCUGUGAUGUAUAGCACCCCAUUUGGAUACAUUUUCAGGGUGUGGACAUAGUUAACCUAAUUUUGCAAAUGCAAGGCACUGAAGUUAUUGUUGGGGUGCCUGUCCGUUUCA